CAGCGACCCACCUCUGCUGCCUCGUAGGUUGAAAAAUCGUAACAACUUUUUGUGAGAAUCCAGUGACGUAAAUCAGCUCAAACCAACUACAACCACAACCACGAUUCAUCAGUCCGUUACCAUGGAAAAGUAUCUGUUUUUAAGCCAUAGAAAGUACAUGGCUAUACAUACCAACGCUAAGAAAUCAGCACCCUUGUUCCAUAACAAAGAAAAUUACAUUUUUAAACACAAGCAAAAAAAACCCACUGCAUUUACCAAAAUAAUACCACAAAUAUCAUUCAGUUUUAAUUAUCUCCAUAAAGGUGACUUCAACAUUCGACAUGUUGUCUUUAAAAAUUGGUGUGAUAAAUCAACUCAGGUUCAUACUGUAUCUAAAACAAAAUCUAAUAACCUCCUCAAAAGAAAUUACGCAGUUUCAAAUGUUUUUACCGUUCCUAAGAAAUCAAAAAGAAAUCAUGAAUAUAUGAAAUUCUCUGAAAUUCCUUUUCCUUCAAAAAUUCUCAGCAUACCCGGCAAUCAGAUUUUUUUUUUAUCCGAAGUUAAAAGUUUCAAUGCACAAAUUUUUUCUGAGAUAUUGACAGCAGCUGAAGUGAAACAUUUAAAUGAUAAACUCAAUACUUGUAGAAUAGAAGAGCAGAAAGAACUGAAGCUUAAGGAUGAAUGUAAACCGAUUCAUCGACAGAAUAACGAGUAUGAGAAAUUUUAUCAUUUAAUAAUUGAAGAAAUGCAGAAAAAAAUUCCAAGUGUUGAUCCAAACAGAUUUUUUCCAUUUCUGAAAGAAUACCUUCAAAGUAAUGAACAAAAGCAGUAUGCAUUUGCUAUUGUUGUCAUGAAACAUAGGAAAAAUAUCAUUGUUUCUCCAGCAUUUGAGCCAGAUUAUGAAAAAAAGGAAAUUCCUGGAAAAAUAAAGCACAGCGAGCCUCGUUUAUGUGAAGCUUUGGAACCUUUUUUGCAACAGUUUGGAAUUUUAGUGGAGGAUAUUCUGAUUUAUACAUUCAAUAGUCCUUGUUUAGGAUGUUUGUGUCUACUUCUCGAAAAAGCUUAUCUCUGGCGCUUUAAAUAUGGAUUUUCCACAACUGUAGCAUUCACACAAUUUUAUAAACAAAAUUGUUUCCAAACUCUCACCUACUCAUCUACCAACAUGUUAGGUCCACGCGGUGUGUUUUAUGAAGACAGUCAAAGAUGUAAGCGUGAUUGCUUCAAACUGAAGUCUUUCACAGUCACACGUAAAAUCUUCCAAUAUAUCACAGAACUUAGUGAAAAAGAAGAAAGACGCAGCUUCCAUAAGAAAAUAAAAUCCUAUGUGUCUGUGCUGAAAACACUGGCAAAAAAUUCCUUUUGUUCACGUGAAACACAUAUACAACAUGGUAAAGACACAAUUUCUUCUUUCAUAUUUCCCCCAAAGAUCCAAGAUGCAUGUAGAGUCAGUCUUUUAAGCGACUGGUGUGAACUGGUGAACGAGUCUCCCAAGGAGAAAAUUACUGUGCCAAAAAUUAGAAAUAAAAUGGCCAUGAAUUGCACUAAUUUCACACUGGAACUUAUUUACCAAAAUCCUAUCUCCUCUUGUGAGACCAACAGUCCUUUAAAUCUUUACCAUCUUCAAAAUAAACCAUAAUUACACUCAAAUUAAUGAAAUUAAUAUUAAUUUUGAUUAAUAAUAGAUUAAUAAUAGAAAAACAAU